ACUGGAGGAAUUUUGAUUCUUUCUUAUUGUUUGGUGGAGAAAUCUGGGUUAGGGUUUGAUGCUUUGGUUCAGCUCGGCAUCGCCCGGACGGGAUAACAGUUUGGUUUUCGCGGGCAAUGGCCAAUCCCGGUGUCGGGACCAAGUUUGUUUCUGUGAAUCUGAAUAGAUCUUAUGGGCAGCCUCCAAGUUCGUUGUCAAAUGCUGGAGCCAGCCGAGUACGGCCUGGUAGCCAUGGAAGCAGCGUGGGCGGUGGGAUGGUGGUUCUUUCGAGACCUAGGAGUUCGAUUGUGGGUCCGCAAAAAAUUGGAUCCAAGCUUUCCGUUCCGCCCCCCUUGAAUUUGCCGUCGUUGAGGAAGGAACAUGAACGUUUUGAUUCCUCAUCAACAGGGAUUGGUUCUGCUCGUCCUGGGAGUUCUGGUUCUGAGUCAAGGCCGACUUCUUCUGGUGUGGGCUGGACGAAGCCCGUUCCUUCUACAUUGCAAGACAAGGAUGGUAGUGGCCAUCACCCUUUGCUUGGGAGAUCGGGAGGUGGAGCUCAGGCAGUUGAUGGCGGUGAUCAUCCCUUGAAUUCUGUCGAUGGGGCGUCGAGGGCAAGCAGUGCUUACAUGCCCCCGUCUGCAAGGUCGGGUACUGUCGCAACCUCAGUGACUGGUUCUGCUUCUUCUUUUCAGCUGGUUGAGAAGGCUGUGGUUUUAAGAGGGGAAGACUUCCCAUCCCUGCUUGCUACCUUGCCUGCCACUCCUGGGCCUGCUCAAAAGCAGAAGGAUACUUUGCAUCAGAAGCAGAAGGUGAGUGAGGAAGCAGCAGAUGAGCAGACAGAGGGUUCCAGCUCAAGGCAAUUCCUUCACAUGCGCCCGCAAGUUCAGUCAUCCCGUCAUGGUGUUGGCUCUCUUUCGUAUGAGAACGGUGGCAUGAAUCAUGGGUCCGGUGGUUCUAUUAGAGGGGAACAGUCCCGGAAGUUGGAUGAUCACUUUCCAGGUCCACUACCACUUGUUCGUCUUAACCACACUUCUGAUUGGGCUGAUGAUGAACGUGAUACGGGUCAUAGUCUGCCAAGUCGGGACAAGGAUCAUGGGUUGUCCCGAAGUGAAGCCUUUCACGACAGAGAUUUUGAUCGUCCCAGGGUUGGUGGGGGGCUACCACGCUCACAUGCUUUUGAUCUUUCUGAUGGCCGGGGUCUUCGUGAUGAUGAUGUUGGGAAGGUUUCUUCAAAGGAGUUUCUACGGACAGACUCUUAUGGCAGGGAUUUUAGAACACCUAGUAGAGAAGGUCAAGAUGGGAGCUCAUGGAGAGCUUCAUCCCUUGCAAAAGAUGGAUAUAGAGCUCGUGAAGUUGGGAUUGACAGAAAUGGUGCCAGUGCAAGGCCUUUCAGUCUCAAUCGUGACAUCAACGGAGAUAAUAAAUACAAUCAACCACCGUUUGGAGACAAUUAUCGGGAUUAUAGCAAUGGAAUCAUGGGAACUCAGGAUUCAAGGUUUGGAAGGAGGGAUUGGGGUUAUGUGCAGGGAAACAGACAGAAUGGGAACCACAUGGUGGAAUCAUUUUCUAAUAGAGGGACUGAACAGAAUAUGCGGGAUCGUGGUGAUACCUCCAAUCGAUACAGAGGUGAUUUCUUCCGAAACAGCUUGGUGCCUAAAACAUCAUUUUCUUCUGGAGGUAAGGGACUCUCUGUGAAUGAUCCAUUGCUUGAUUUUGGUAGAGAAAAACGUUCAUUCUCAAAUAAUAGAAAACCUGGUCAUGAAGAUUCUUUCUUGAAAGAUUUUGGCACUGGACUGGGGUUUGAUGGAAGGGAUUCUUUCUCUGGUGGUCUUGUUGGGGUGUUCAAGAAGAAGAAGGAUAUGCUGAAACAGACUGAUUUCCAUGACCCUGUUAGAGAAUCUUUUGAAGCAGAACUUGAGAGGGUACAAAAGAUGCAAGAGCAGGAAAGGCAACGUAUCAUUGAGCAACAAACGAGAGCAUUGGAGUUAGCUAGGAAAGAAGAGGAGGAGAGAGAGCGGCUAGCUAGGGAAGAGGAAGAACAUCAGAGAAGGCUUGAAGAAGAAGCCAGAGAGGCAGCGUGGAGAGCAGAACAGGAGCAAUUAGAGGCUGUGCGAAGAGCUGAUGAACAAAAGAUUGCUAGAGAAGAGGAGAAACGAAGGAUUCUUAUGGAGGAAGAAAGGAGGAAAGAGGCUGCCAGACAGAAGCUUAAGGAGUUAGAGGCUAGGAUUGCAAGGAGGCAGGCUGAAGUAAUGAAAGAUGAUAAGCUUCCUGCUUCUGCUAUGGUUGGAAGUUUGCCCAGGAUGGCACAAGAGAAAGAUGUUUCUAGGGAAGCAGAGGUGGGUGGUUGGGAGGAUGGUGAGAGAAUGGUGGAAAGGAUCACAAACUCUGCUUCUUCUGAUUCCUCCAGUCUGAAUAGAUCAUUUGAGAUGGGUUCUAGACCUCACUCAUCCAGAGAUGGAAAUUCUGCCUUUCUUGAUAGAGGAAAACUUGCAACUUCAUGGAGGAGGGAUGUGUUUGAGAAUUCUAACAGCUCAACCUUCCUUCCGCAGGAUCAUGAGAAUGCUUAUCGCAGUCCAAGGAGAGAUGCAUUUGGUGCAGGGAGGGCAUUCCCUAGGAAAGAUGUCUAUGGAGGUUCUGGAGUUGUGUCUGCAAGGGCAGCAUCUAAAGGAGUUGCAGAAGCGUAUGUGGUUGAUGAUUUCCCUCACCUGAGAGGGCAGAGAUGGAAUCUUCAUGGGGAUGGAGAGCAUUAUGGCCGGAACUCUGAAGUCGAUGCUGAAUUUCAUGAUAAUACUGCCGAUGACGGGUUUGGUGAUAUGGGAUGGGGGCAGGCUCGUUCUCACUUUAGUCAUGCGGCUUAUCCAGAUGGACUUUAUCAAAACUCUGAAGCUGAUGGAUUUUCUUCUUAUGGGAGAUCUAGGCAUUCAAUGAGACAGCCUCGUGUUCUUCCCCCUCCAUCGAUGGCUUCUGUACAGAAAAGUUCCUAUAGAGUUGAGUCUGAAUGGCCUAAUUCUUCAACUUUUCUAGACUCUGAGAUGAGGUACCAACAUGUGCCGCGAAGAAACGAACCAAUCUUGUCAACAGGGUAUGAUGGUGGUUACCAGGAGAAGCUUGAACAGACAGGAAUUAUGGAAGCUCAACAAGAAAAUGCUGUCCCUGAGAAGAACAAACUAGAUAAGCCAGCCACACCAGGAUGCGACUCACAAUCCUCAUUAUCUGUUUCAAGUCCACCCAACUCACCUAUUCAUCUUUCGCAUGAUGACCUAGAUGAGUCUGGAGAUUCUCCUGUCUUGUUAGCUUCUGCGGAAGGCAAAGAGAUGGCUUUAUCUGAUAGUGAACAUGUUGCAUCGGCAUCAGAGAUGGGUAAUGCCAGUGGGAUAACAGCCUCAAAUUCUAUUGCUCCUCCUGAAGAUGAAGAAUGGGAUAUUGAGAACAAUGAAGAGCUGCAGCAGCAAGAAGAAUAUGAUGAAGAGGAUGACGGUUACCAGGAAGAAGACGAAGUGCAUGAAGGAGAUGAUGAGAAUGUUGAUCUAGCUCAGGAGUUCCAAGAUUUGCAUGUGGAAGAGAAAGAUGCAUCAGAUAAGAUGAGCCAGUUGGUAGGCUUCAUUGAAGGUGUUGAAGUUGGAAUGUCUGGUGGUAACAUGUUUGAAAGGACCUCUAAGGAUGGAGAGAAGGCAGUGUGGAUAGAACUGGAAUCUGUUGGCAUUGCAGAAGAACCUGGAUCUUUUGAUGGGUUGGUUGCUGAUGGACAAAGCCUUCAACCUGAGAAUUACUCUCCUAAUAUGCGUGUGGGAAGCUCUUCUAAAACAAUUCAGGAACCUAAGAAGGCACUCCAAGAUCUGGUUAUCCAGUCUGUGGAUGCUGACCACAACAGAACAACAUCUUCUGGUUUUCUUCUGGAUACUGUGGAAGCGUCUAAUAGUGCCAGUUUUCCGGUUCAGCAGCCAGUAAUAUCUUCUGUGAAUAUGACCCUCCCUUCAUCAGUCCAAUCUGUGGUGUCAACCGUUUCUUCAGUUCCAAGCCAAGCUGAUGGACCUGUCAAGCUGCAGUUUGGCCUGUUCUCUGGCCCUUCUCUGAUUCCAUCUCCAGUUCCGGCCAUACAGAUUGGUUCUAUACAGAUGCCACUCCAUUUACAUCCCCAGGUUGGGCCAUCACUAUCUCAAAUUCACCCGUCACAACCUACUUUCUUCCAGUUUGGUCAGCUUAGGUAUCCUUCUCCCAUCGCUCCGGGAAUUUUGCCACUGGCUCCUCAGUCAAGGUCUUUUGUUCAACCUACUAUUCCAGGCCAUUACACUUUGAAUCAGAAUCAGGGAGGUCCUCUGCAUAAUCAAAUAGGUCUCGACAAUUCUAGUCAGAUCCCCACUGUGAAAGAUAAAGUGUCGUUGGUAUUGAUGGAUAACCAGCCUGGCUUUGUGCCUAAGCCUUUGGAUGUAUCUAAGGAGAAUAUGGGCAAAGAGGUGAUUUUACCUGCUGGAGAAAGUCUGGAUAAUGUAGUUCUGAUAUAUAAGAGUCAAGCAGAGAGCUCCAUUCUUAGUGAAGAGAAGCCUAAGCCUGAUCCAGUUUCCCUGGAUCGACGGAAUCAUGAUCUUGCCGUGAAGAAGAACAACAUAUCCAUAUCAAAUAAUGGAGAGUCCCAGGGGCGGUUGCAAUCCACAUCAAAUUUAUCCCAGUUUCUUUCAAAUGAAAGAGCUUUGAGUGGGUCAAAGGCUCCAGUCCAAAUGUCUGGUGGAAAAGGAAAGAAACUCAUUUAUACCGUGAAGAAUUCUGGGUCAAAAUCUUCAGUUUCAGUUCCUGAGGCUUCUGCUCAUUCAAAUACCAGUGGAUUUCAGGGGAAGUCUCGACAGAAUGUUCGGCGUACUGAAUUUAGGGUACGAGAGAAUGGUGAUAGGAGGCAAAUGGAAACUGUAGUUUCAUCUAACAGUGGGCUGGAUGGAAAGCCAAAUUUCAAUGGAAAGGUGUCUGGAGUCUCUUCAAGAAGUGGGGCCAAGAGGGAUGCUGUUUUGGUCAAACCAUCCAAGCAGUCAAUUCAAUCUGAAAGUGUACAGUCUGGUUCAAUUAGUUCACGUAUGCUUGAUGAAAGCAAGAUGGAAAAGGGACAAGGGAAAGAAGCAUCAAAAAAGAGGUUUACAUCUUCACUUGGCAUCUCGUCCUCUGGAGAGGGAAACUUGAAGAGAAAUAUCAAUUCUGAGGAGGAUGUUGAUGCCCCCCUGCAAAGUGGCAUUGUGCGUGUUUUCAAACAACCUGGCAUAGAAGCCCCUAGUGAUGAAGAUGACUUUAUCGAGGUGAGGUCUAAGAGGCAAAUGCUGAAUGAUCGGCGAGAACAGAGAGAAAAGGAAAUUAAGGCUAAGUCUAGGGUAAUAAAGGGACCUCGUAAACUCCGUUCUGUCUCACAAAAUGCUGUUACUCCCAACAAUUCAAAUAAAAUUGCCACAUCAUUAGGUGAAGCAGCAAGAAACUUGCGUUCUGAAUCUGUUGUCACUGAUGGACGGGCAUUGCCAAAUGUUGAAGUGCGAGCUGGAUUUACUUCCGCUGUGAUAUUGCAACCCUUGCCUCCAAUUGGCACCCCUGCUGUGAAUACUGAUGCCCAGGCUGACAAAAGAUCCCAUCACAUAAACAGGUCUCUCCAGACAAGCUCCAUUUCUGUCAUAUCUAGUGGUGGAACAGGCCUUGGCCUGGGAUUACCAUUUGAAAACAAGAAUGCAGUUCUGGAUAAUGUUCAAAUAUCCCUGGCUCCCUGGGGCAAUGCACGGAUUAAUCAGCAGGUUAUGGCCCUAACUCAGACCCAAUUAGAUGAGGCUAUGAAUCCAUCAAGAUUUGAAGCACAUGUUGCUUCUAUUGGUGAUCACACCAGCACUGCUAUCGAGCCCAGCAAGCCAUCACCACCUCUCGUGACACAGGACAAAUCAUAUUCUUCUGCAGGAAGUCCGCUCAACUCCCUGCUUGCAGGGGAAAAAAUUCAAUUUGGUGCGGUUACAUCACCCACUAUUCUACCUCCAGGCAGCCGGGCCGUUUCGAAUGGGAUUAUCUCACCUGCUGCUUGUAGGUCAGAUCCAAUUGACCACAACCUGUCUGCUGCUCAGAAUGAUUGUACGUUGUUUUUCGAAAAAGAGAAGCAGCCUGAUGAGUCUUGCAUUCAUCUGGAAGAUCCCGAGGCUGAAGCUGAAGCAGCUGCUUCUGCAGUUGCUGUUGCUGCUAUCAGUAGUGAUGAGAUAGUUGGGAAUGACCUGGGUGCAUGCUCUGUCUCUGUUUCAGAUGCCAAAAGCUUUGGAGGUCCAGACAUGGAUGGGUUGACUACAGGCAAAGGUGUCACUGGUGACCAGCAACUAGCAGGUCAGUCAAGGGGUGAAGACUCCCUGACUGUAACUCUUCCAGCUGAUCUCUCUGUAGAGACUCCAUCACUUUCCUUAUGGCCACCUUUGCCAAGCCCACAAAAUUCUUCUAGUCAAAUGCUUUCUCAUUUUCCUGGGGCCCCGCCUUCCCAUUUUCCUUGCUAUGAGAUUAAUCCCAUGUUGGGGGGGCCUAUUUUUGCCUUUGGCCCACAUGAUGAGUCUGCUGGUACUCAGUCGCAGUCGCAGAAGAGUAGUGCUCCAGCUCCAGGGACACUGGGAGGCUGGCAACAAUGCCAUUCUGGUUUAGACUCUUUCUACGGUCCUUCAGCGGGAUUUACAGGACCUUUUAUUAGUCCUCCUGGAGGAAUUCCAGGUGUUCAAGGCCCCCCUCACAUGGUUGUGUACAACCAUUUUGCGCCAGUAGGGCAGUUUGGGCAAGUCGGCUUGAGUUUCAUGGGCACCACUUAUAUUCCCUCUGGCAAGCAACCUGAUUGGAAGCACAAUCCGACAUCUUCAGCAAUGGGUAUUGGUGAGGGGGACAUCAACAAUAUGAAUAUGGUUUCUGCACAGCGCAAUACCCCAAGCAUGCCUGCUCCCAUCCAGCAUCUGGCCCCGGGGUCAUCACUGUUGCCUAUGGCUUCUCCUUUGGCCAUGUUUGACAUGUCCCCUUUCCAGUCCUCAGCCGACAUACCAGUCCAAGCUCGCUGGUCUCACAUUCCAGCAUCACCAAUGCACUCCGUCCCUUUAUCAAUGCCAUUGCAGCAGCAGGCAGAGGGUGUAUUGCCAUCACAGUUCAGCCAUGGAUUGUCUGGGGAUCAAACAUUAACUGUUAACAGGUUCCAUGACCCUCAUACUUCAGGACCUUCGGACAACAACAGGAACUUCCCUGUGGCAGGUGAUGCCACUGCUACUCAGUUGCCUAAUGAACUAGGACUGGUAGACCCUUCAAGUUCCAGCACCACCACCCGGGUUUCAACCAGCAGGCCAGCUUCCAACAGCUUACUUGGUGCUGCCCAGAAUGUUGUCACAAAUAACUCAUUGAAAUGUGCUAUAACUAAUGCUGGCGAGAGUGGUGGUAUUCACAACAAUAUGAGCACUAGCAGCAGCCAGGGCAUGACCUCUGCUUUCAAGGCGCAGUCUUCUCAGCAGCAGACUUCAGCAACACAGCAGUAUCUUCAUCCAACUGGGUAUAUGGACCAGAGAACUGGUGGAAUUUCUCAGAAGGUAAAUUCCGGGAAUGAAUGGUCCCAUCGGAGAAUGGGGUUCCAAGGAAGGAAUCAAUCAUCAGGAACAGAUAAAAACUUUGCCUCUAAAAUGAAGCAAAUUUAUGUCGCUAAACCGGCUUCUAGUGGAGCUUCAGGAGCAGUUUGAGAACUGAGGUCCAGGGUGUUUUUGAGGUUUGAUGAGGUAUCAAGGAUGCUCCUUUGGAUUGAAUAUUUACGUGCUUGCAUCAGCAGCAGCAGUGGAGUUAGGGGAAGAUCAGUGGUGACAGCUAAUUUUGUUAGUGAUUGUAUUGUGAGCAAAUUUUUCGAAGUAUUGUAUCAGAGUGACUAGAGUGGUUCUGUUU